AAUGGGUUUAGUUCCCACUACUAUUUUACAAAGAUAAAAAGAGGAAUCUUGAUAGAAUUCCCACAUUUCAGACCAUUCAGUUCACAUGCAUCAUCGCUGAUCUUUUCAACUUUCGGCUGCUAGUUGGAUGUAUCCUCAGACAAAGUCUUAUUAAAUUAACCCGAGUAUAUAAAUCGUGUCCAAAAGUACUGGCAUAUUCAGGUACGCUUGGUGGAAGAGAUCCUUUCUGAGGGGCAAGGAGCUUAAUCUAGAGAGAGAUGGGGAACAGUAUAGGAGGAAGGAAAAAAGCUAAGGUGAUGAAGAUCAACGGGGAAACCUUCAAGUUCAAGACCCCCAUGCGAGCAUGGGACGUUGUUAAGGACCAUCCUGGUCAUGUCUUGUUGGAAUCUGAGGCUGCAAAGCGUUAUGGCAUCCGAGCCAAGCCAUUGGAACCCCAGCAAGAGCUCAAGCCCAAUAAAAUUUACUUCUUAAUAGAACUACCCAAGUUUCCUGAGGAAAAGGUGCCCAGAAGGUCUCAGUCCGGUGGCAUACACAUGAGUGCCAAGGAUAGGCUCGAGUGCUUGAUGCUAUCUCGAAGAACGGUUUCUGACCUUUCCAAUAGCAGACCAUCGUCGAGUGUUGUGUCCGAUCGUACUGGGCCAUUGAAGGUGAAGAUAAGGUUGCCGAGUGCUCAAGUGGCCAGAUUGGUGGCUGAAAGCAAAGACGGGGUGGAGGUGGCCGAGAAGAUCUUAGAUCUUUAUAUGGAACAAGCCGGAGAGGUUAACGGAGAUGUGCCGGAGGUAAAAGAUGGCCUGUUCGAGCACAGGGAAACUCCAUGGAAACCGGCUUUUGGGAGUAUUGGAGAGAACAAUAAAGCACAUAAGAAGCGAGUGAGUUUUGUUCGGGUGGACGAAGAGGAGAUUUGUCCAGAUGCUGCCUCAAAAUAGCAGUAAAUCGAUUAUGUCUAAAUAUCGGGUACCAAGGCAAAAUUAUGUGCAAGAACUGAUCCUCUUCUUGCUCCCCUUUGUAUCUAUCUACAGAUUUGUAUACAUAUUAAUGUUGCCACGUAUUUUGUUCUUAGGCUGUAGGCAAUAUAUAUAUAUAUAGAUUAUAGGCAGUUGUUAUAUUCAAGUAUAAGUGGAUCGAGUUGCAGUCUGAAAUGUACUGUCUCACUGCAUGUUUCUAGAUCAUGCGAAGAGAAGCCCUAGUCUUUAGGAUCAAUUUGUACAUAAAAUUACAAAAAAGAACCGUUAAAAACUAUUCUAGAAUUCAA